AUGAACACGAAUUCCAGCGACAACCUGGCCAUUGCACUAGACAGAUUCAAAUUUUAUGCUCGUGAUGCGGUACUAACCCUGACACAACUUCCUGCCAUACUAUUCUCGGGGCAAUCUUCAAGACAUCAUCGCUUCGUCCUCGGUCACCGGCAACCGCAUGCCAGAACGCAAGCUACUGGAGCUAUUUCUCGGGACAUGCCUAGCGUGAGUCAACGGUAUGAAAACCUCGCUGAUGGCAGUGUUCGUGCCAUGCAUCAAUACCACCUCUCCGGCAUCUCCGCAUCUUACCCUCCCACUCGAGAAGACGAUCCUUUGGUAGCAGAGCCGGUCUUCGACCACGACGAGGAACUCGCCAACGCAGAACAGGGAGAGCUGAUACCUUAUGCCCACCGAGAUAUCAAGCCAGCAGCACAAAUCACGGUGGAAACGAGGCAGCAAGCACUACUAGAACAAGACAUCGCCAGCGAACAUUCUUCCAUGCCAUACAGAGCACCAGAACUUUUCGAUGUAAAAACUGGCAAAAUGUUAGAUGAGAAAGUUGACAUUUGGAUCGACGGAACUUCCAUAGCCAUGGCCGUGGGUAGUGGAAGAUAUAGACACCCCGGUGGAUACUCGCCAAAGUUCGUCUCCCUCAUCGAUUCUAUGCUAGUGGUGGACCCAGAACAACGUCCAGAUAUACAAAAGGUGCGCGACGAAACGAGACAUGGUGCUGACGUGUUAGGUGAUCGACCUCACGGAGCAAGCAAUACAUUAAUCAUCGACUCCUUCUGGCAUUCAUCUCCAGCCAUCGCAUACUUGCUACAUGCACCAUCAUCAGUCUUUGCAUAUGAUCUCUAG